AGGAGGUCCCCUCCGCGCAGUUAAAAUGAAACUCUAGUGGUUGGCUCCCCGGCAGAGCGUGAGGGGAGCCGGCGCUGGCGGGGAUACCUUUGCUACCCGCGCACAGCCGAGCUGACGGGCUGGACUGUCCAACGGGUCGCCAUCCCGAAGCUGCGGAAGCUUGGGUUCCCAGCCUGACGCGAACAGAGCCCGAGUCCCAGUCCCAGAGGGAGUCGCUCUCUGCAGACCAGUGGGACCCCGAAACUUGAACGCAACCCCCCCUUUCCAGCCUUUGUCACUUCCCCAGCUUUCUCCCAACGCGUUCUUCUUUUUUUUUUUCCCUCCUCUCCCAUUCUCUCUCCUCCGAAGGACACAAAAGUGGCUUCCGCUGAAAGAUUAGGAGGCGGUGGGGAGCUUUUCCCUUUGGAGAGCGAUUGUGUAGGAAGGAUUUUUCGGGAAGCGGCUUUUUAACACCACUGCUCUCUGCUUUCCGAGCCUCUCUGUAACCCUCUGAGGUAAAACCCCGUAGCUUGAAAGUUCGGGGCAUUUUGUUGGGUGCUGUAGGAGGAGAGAGGGGGAGGACCUUGUCCUCAUCCCAGUAGUUGGCUGGACUUGUACUGGCCGUUGGAAACCCCGAAGUACAUUUCCGUUUGGAACUUUAGCAAAUAUAUAUAUUUAGAUUUUGAAAUAUCAGAUAAAAGAUAUAUAUGCUUUCUAUAUAUUUCCUGACGACCUGCCCCUGACAGCGCGAUGUACAAUACGGUGUGGAGUAUGGACCGCGAUGACGCAGACUGGAGGGAGGUGAUGAUGCCCUAUUCGACAGAACUGAUAUUUUAUAUUGAAAUGGAUCCUCCAGCUCUUCCACCAAAGCCACCGAAGCCAAUGACUUCAGCAGUUACAAAUGGAAUGAAGGACAGUUUUAUUUCUCUUCAAGACGCAGAAUGGUACUGGGGAGAUAUUUCAAGGGAAGAGGUAAAUGACAAAUUACGGGACAUGCCAGAUGGUACUUUCUUAGUGCGUGAUGCCUCAACAAAAAUGCAGGGGGACUAUACAUUGACUUUGAGGAAGGGAGGCAAUAAUAAAUUAAUAAAGAUCUAUCAUCGGGAUGGUAAAUACGGCUUUUCUGACCCCCUGACAUUUAAUUCUGUGGUGGAGCUCAUUAACCACUAUCACCAUGAAUCUCUUGCUCAGUACAAUCCCAAACUCGAUGUGAAGCUGAUGUACCCGGUAUCCAGAUACCAACAGGACCAGUUGGUAAAAGAAGAUAACAUUGAUGCAGUAGGUAAAAACCUGCAAGAGUUCCACUCUCAGUAUCAGGAGAAGAGUAAAGAGUAUGACAGGCUGUAUGAAGAGUACACCAGGACAUCUCAGGAAAUACAGAUGAAGAGGACUGCAAUUGAAGCCUUUAAUGAAACUAUUAAAAUAUUUGAGGAGCAGUGUCAUACCCAGGAACAACACAGUAAAGAAUAUAUUGAGCGGUUUCGCAGAGAGGGGAAUGAAAAGGAGAUUGAACGAAUUAUGAUGAAUUAUGAUAAGUUGAAAUCACGUCUUGGUGAGAUUCAUGAUAGCAAAGUGCGUCUAGAACAGGACUUGAAGAAACAAGCUUUGGACAACCGGGAAAUAGAUAAAAAAAUGAAUAGCAUCAAACCUGACCUGAUCCAGCUGCGUAAAAUCCGGGAUCAGCACCUUGUGUGGCUCAAUCACAAAGGGGUGAGGCAGAAGCGCCUGAAUGCCUGGCUGGGGAUCAAGAACGACUAUGCUGAUGAUGCGGAUGGGGAAGUGAAACACUGUGUGAUCUACAGCACCGCUCGAGGAUACGGCUUUGCAGAACCCUACAACCUGUACAGCUCGCUGAAGGAGUUGGUGCUCCAUUACCAGCAGACAUCCCUGGUUCAGCACAAUGACUCCCUCAACGUCAGGCUCGCCUACCCUGUCCAUGCACAGAUGCCCUCACUCUGCAGAUAAGCAGAGUGGGAAAAGACAUGGCUCUCCAGCAUUUUUUUCCUAUGGUUUUAAUUAGACUACGAUGAGGGCAUUCUUUCUACGUAGACUGCUUGUUUUGCACAAGUGAUUCUGUGAAUGUGAAAUGGAGAGGCCGAGCAAUAGCUGGCCCGGAUUUAGGGAUAAAUGAGGGGCCCAGGGUCUCUGGAGUCAGCUGUGCUGCUGCACUGUUGAAGCUGGAAGCAGAUACUGGUUUCAUGGGGUUUUGCUUUGUUGUCAGGCACCUUGAACAGAACAGUUAGACUUGUUGUGGGUGGGAGUGGGGGUUUAUUUGGAAGCCUUUGAAGAGUCCAUGUCCUCUUGUCUUCCACUCUGAGGAUGCAGCAGGUCAUGGUUCUGUUGGAGUUGUUUGGCUUUGAUAGUCUCUCCCCACAAUAAGAAGCUAACUUUGGUUCUGUGAUAAGAUGGGGUUUGGUUUGGGGGGAAAAAAGGCAACCAAAGGAAAUAGGGAGGUGUGGGAUUUCAUUUACAGAAUCUAAACCAAGGAGGCAAAAGACCCCUUCAGUCGAUGUUAUUUCAAUUUUACAACCAUUAAUUUAGGCUUCAGCGUCUUACCAUCUCCUCCCUCUAACGCACUAUGUUCAUGAACCAGCAAAGCAACAUUGCCAGACCAAGGUCUAAGGGGAGAAGGUGACACUUAGUAGCUGAAUGUACACUUCUGUACCAAAACUUGAAAGUAAGAAAACUAGACGCUUGAGUUUUAAACACUACAAUUGGUCAGUGUGUUUCCUUUUUUCCUGGCCUUGUUUCUGAGAUGAAGAAUAGAAUUGUUUUGUGGGGAUAGUGAGCUUUGAGUCAUGUUUAAGUUGGUGCUUGUGUGGUGUUUCCUUAGCCUAAAGAAUGAUGUUUGAAACCUUUGUAACUAGUUUUAUGAGUAAAGAAAAGGUGCAAUCCAGUGCUUUUAGAUGGCUUGAUAUACCAAAUAAUGAUAGAGAACAUCAUUGUUGUGUGCUUCUCCAAGUGUAAAAGCCUUGCCAAAACUGUACAAGAAUUAAUUUGCCUUCAUCUUCCCUUCCUUUCUGGAUAGGGUUUAGGGAGCCAUAGGUAGGUAAAGAACUCAGUUAGUGGUCAGAGACCUCAGUAAAUCACAUGCACAUGGGCCCUUGUGUCCAGGGUGAAAGGCCCAUCACAUUACAUGUUAUUCCAUGUGGUUGAAGCUUUUGCCAAGAGAGGGUGUAUAGUGUUGAGUUCAGACUAUCUGGGGGAAAAAUCUACAAGCUUUCCUAUUUUGCCUUUUUUGUGAGCCUGCCAUUAAGGCAAUGUGCAUGCCUCUCCUCAUGCUUCAGUGGCUGUGAUUUUUGGCCAGGAAUCUUCUGCUCCACGUGGUUUAGGCUUUCCAGCUGAGUGAAGUUCAUUAGGUAGAGGGCAGGCAUCUAUUCCUGGCUUCACACUCAUUUAACAAACAGUCCAGCUGCUUCAGAGCCAGUCCUGGAGCCAUAACAGGCACAGUGUGACUCAGCUGCUUGAGCCUAGUGACAUGCAGGCAGGCAUUCUAGUUGAACAAGAUAAACAGCCCAUACCUGGGUCUUGGCUCUUAAGAUCAAAUUUGAGGGCCAAAAUUAAGAUGAACAUAACUUUCCCUGAGCAUUUACUUCAGUGACAUUGUCUAGAAUGAACUAUAGUAGAGACCAAAAUUUUUGGAAAAGUGUUUGUCCCAGUAAGGAUAGGAAGAAAGGGGCAUGUCAUUGCUGUUGACUUUUCCUUGUUCAUGCUCCAGUAUGGAAUGAGAGAAAAUUGACCUCCUUCAGCCACUAUUCAAGGCUCUGCCUUUCUCAAAAUUGCCAGCUUGAAAUCUGCUCAGUUUACUAGGUAAUUUACCAGGUAAUGCCAGAUUGGCAUACCUAUGUGACUUUGUACCUGAUGGAACUUGCUGAAGCAGUUACAUGCGCAAGAUUGGGUGCAAUCUCCUAUCUGGCACCAAAGUUCUAGUAGGUCCUGGAUGCUUUUUUUGUUUUGUUUUGUUUUGUGUUUUGGCUUUUCAAGACAGGGUUUCUCUGUGUAGCUUUGGUGCCUGUCCUGGAUCUCUCUCUGUAAACCAGGCUGGCCUCGAACUCAGAGAUUCGCCUGGCUCUGCUUCCUGAGUGCUGGGAUUAAAGAAAGGCGCGCGCCACCACCGCCCGGCACUCUGGAUCUCCCCCUCCAAGUCAAAAUGGAAUAUAAUAUACAACUGUAGUACUGAAUAAUGUCAUUACUUUGUAGGGCAGACACGCAGGAUGUGCAGGAGACAGAAAGCAGCAUCUUAGCAUCUACACUUGGGCUGAACUGGGGAGAAAGGCUGUUGUUCAGUCCUACAUUCCUUCCCUUUAAGUGAUCUGCUUUGUGGGAUCUAAGACCAGGGAUCAUUUAGUAAAUUGGAAGGUAUCUUUUUCUGACAAAUUGCCACAGGAUUUACUUGGUCCUGAUCUGUGGAAAAGGCAUAAGGACCAUUCUCCUAACAGCUGCCUGGUGUCUGGGGGAGUCAGCAUGCUGCUAUUGCUCCAUGGCUCAGAAGCAGGUCUCAGUCUUCUUCCCAAGUCUAGCUUGUUCUGUCCCAUCAUCUGGGCCCUGGGACUAUAUAUCUCUUUUGGCAUCUUAACUGCAGUUUGACUGAAGCAGAAGGUAAAGAGACAGAUUAACUAACCAGAGGGGCAGAUCAGCCAGCCCCCAAAAUGAAAGCAGCUUUUGGUUGGCUAGCUACACUUGUCUUUUUUAACAAGACAAUGCUGUUUACACCUGGCAUUGUUCAAGCAUAGGUAGAUUGCCUAUGUUCUUGUCACUGCUCCAUCCACAGAUAAAGACAUUCUACGCUCCACUCUUCCCUAAGACAUAGGAUCUCAACAUUUACUUCAGACUCCUUGAGCCACUGUGGCAUCUACCGUGUUUCUCAUCUUGCUGCAAGGUACCAGCUCCAAGCAUUCUCCUGAGCUAAAAAAAAAAAAUUGUAUCUGAGCAAUUUCUGGUUUCUAGGAUGAUCUCUGUUGCCAUUUAGGAACCCAGAGUAGAUCUGAGAUUCCCAUGGCAUCAUAAACCAGAGGGUCUGUGAUUGGCCCUUUGCUGCCACCUGUUCAGUUUUGACUUAGCUCUAGCCAUUUGUGACAACCAGCCUUGUUUCUUUACAAAUCCUCGCAUGUAACUUUGGUACCCUGUUGUUUCUUGUGAAGAAUCUAUUCUGUUGUCUUUGAUGUAAUAAAAAAAAUUCAUGUAGUUUAUGUAAAAGCACCUGACUCAGAAGGAAGCCAAUUGUGUCUUGUGUUGGGACAAUUCAUAAUGUAGUUCCUAGACCACGUUUGCAAAUGGUUAUUGUCACCAAAUGUGUUCGGACAUUGCUGUGCAGUUGUGGGGAAGGGGUGGGGGGCAAGGUGAAGUGAGAACAUCGUUGUUUUUGUUUUGUUUUGUUUUGUACCUUCUCCAAGACUGGGAUGGUCUGGCUGACUUGCUCCAGAUGCAAUAAAAAUAUUGCAAUGAA